AUGGCAUUUAUUUUGUUUUUUCCAGCUGUAGCUGCCCUUGCUCUUUUUAUUGUGGGUGUCAUUAUAUUAAUAUUGCGAUUUGGGCCACGUCUUUGUGGUUUACGCCAUCACGCACUUCCCGAUAAUCAUGAAUGGGAUGAAAAAAGUUAUGAGCACGAGAUCAGUUAUGCCUGAACUAAUUUUACAAAUGCAUUAAUUAAAAUUAAAAUUUACAAUUUUUAUUUCGAAUCCACGUUCCAUAAAAUACGAAUAAUUCUAAAAAUGUAAACAUAAAUAUUACGACGACACCCACGUUGAGACAUAGUACAAACUUUGUAUAUGUAAAACAUUAUAUGACACAAAAUCCUUUUAUAAAUAAGUGCCUUGAGUAAUCAACUUUAAUUCGAAUACAGUAAGAUUAUUGUGUAAUCAUAAAAUAUAGACUUCUCAAACCAUUCCGUCCAAAAGGAAAUUUAAAAUAUCUGAGCACAAUUUACAACGCUCUAUUCUUUUAUUCUAGAAUGUAAGAAAAAUUUGUGUAAUUUUUUAACGCCAUUUAUGUAAACAAUACUGCACAGUGAAAUAUUUUUCCAAUAAAAAGUACUAAAAAUGUACAAA